AAGAACUUGGUACUUUAUAAUAAUAGUACCAAAUCUUUGGUUCUAAAUUCUUUCUCCCUUAAUCUUGUAAUGGGAAAAUUACAGACGCCGGAAACUGCAUAUUUCCAAAAAGUAGAGAGAAAUAGAGGUUGUGUUGCAAACCGGCGAACAAAGGAUUAUGUAAACAAUGGUAUCAGACUUUUGGUUGUUUUCAUGGUAAUCGUUUAUUCAACAAAGACUACCAAUGCACUACCUCCACCCUCAAGCCCAUCCGUUGAUUUUAUUAUUCUGCAUAAUGCUACGGAACUAGGCGCCGGUGUGUCACCCUCAAAGCCAACCCCAUACCCAUCAGGCAAUGAUCCUAAUAAAGUUAAUUUGCAUUUUCUGCAAAAUGCCAAGGAGUUAGGCGCGGUUUGUUUAGAUGGAAGUAAACCUGGGUAUUAUUUCAGCAAGGGUUUCGGUUCUGGAUCUAAUAAUUGGCUUAUUCACAUUGAGGGUGGUGGCUGGUGUGAUUCAAUAGAGUCAUGUUAUAACCGUACACUGAGUCCGUAUGGGUUUGGAUCAUCAAAGUUCAUGGGGGAGGAAAUUGCUUUUAGCGGCAUUUUGAGUAGCAACAAGUCACAAAAUCCUGACUUCUAUAACUGGAACAGAGUGAAGGUACACUACUGCGACGGUGCGUCAUUUUCUGGGACUCCCAUGAGCGAAAAUGAGAAUACAACAAGAAACAACCUCUUCUUCAGAGGGAAGCUCAUCUGGGAUGCAGUUAUGGACGAACUCCUAAAUUUAGGGUUGUCAAACGCUAAACAGGCUUUUCUUACAGGUUGCUCUGCCGGUGGAUUGUCAACUCUUAUAAAAUGUGACAGUUUUGCAGAAUUUUUUCCCAAUGAAGUUAAAGUGAAAUGUCUCUCAGAUGCUGGGUUUUUCAUGGAUGAGAAAGAUAUGUUUGGUGGCCUAACCAUGCGAUCUUUCUUUCAUGAGGUGGUAAAACUCCAGGGAGUGGAGACUAAUUUGAACAAACACUGUCUCGCAGAACUAAAACCAUUUCCGGGAAGCCUGUCCCAGUGUUUAUUUCCUCAAAAUUUUGUCAAGUACAUAAAGACGCCACUUUUCCUCGUCAAUCCUACCUAUGAUUGGUGGCAGAUAGGAAACAUUUUGCAUCCACCUACCCUAAACGAUGGUUGGGUAAAUUGUACAAACGACAUUGCAUUAUGUAACAAAAGUCAGCUCCAGAAAUUACAUGGAUUCCGACAUUCUAUGUUAAAAGAGCUAACGAAAUAUAAAAAGCAAAAGAAUAUGGGUAUGUUUAUAGAUUCAUGCUUUGCUCAUUGCCAGACUGAUAGUGACAAAUGGCAUUUGCAUUCUCCGAAGAUCAACAAUAAGACCAUUGCAGAAGCAGUGGGGGAUUGGUAUUUCAAUAGAAAAACGGUACAUGAAAUCGAUAAUGGCCUAUAUCGUCACAAUCCUACUUGCAGCAAUAAAGUGUGGGAAUGAUAAGAAUAUAUAGUCCGGGCAAAGUUACACAAAGAAUGCCGAGGUUAUAUAUGAGAUCCUUUCGUAUUGGGCGAUCGAGUCGGUUGUGGUAUUCAUGAUUGUAUGUAAAAGCUUUUCUUUUAUUCUUGUAUGUCGCUUGUU